GGCCAGGAGAACGGACAACGCGCAUGCGUCCCUUUCUCCCCACCCCGGAAGCCCCGCAGCAGCGCCAGGCGAGAGCAAUCGAGGGGAGCGGGUGUGCGCGUGCGCACGUCGCACGCGGCCGGUCGCCUGGAUGGGGGCCUGGGCCGCUGGGAGUUGCGAGGCCAACGGUGUUGCGCCCCGGCCCCGCCCGGCGUGGGGGGAAGCGCUGCUCCCCGACCCCGCCUGAGGUGGGGGGGGGGUCUCCUCCCCCGCGAGCGCGGCACCCCCCGCCCUGCCCGGUGGAUCGUUGCCGGCGGCGCGAGCGGGCGGGGGCGCGCGCUGCCUCAUGACUCGAGCGGGGCCGGCCGGUAACCGACAGCGCCGCGGCGUCGAGGCGCGGGGCCGGGGGCCAACGGGAGGCGGAGCAUGUGAGGGUGAGGCCCCCCUGCUGUCAGGAGGGGGCUCGCAGGGGGGAGCGCACCUCGGACGGGGGCCCCCCUUAAACUCAGCGAUGUGCCUGGGGGGGCCCCUCCCGAAACUCAGCGAUGUGCCUGGGGGGCCCCCCCGAUACUCAGCGAUGUGCCUGGGGGGGCGACCCCCCAUUCUCAGCGAUGUGCCUGGGGGGGCGACCCCCCGGUACUCAGCGAUGUGCUGCAAAGACACCACAUGUAACAACUUUAAUCCUAAACCACACGGGCCCCCUGCUCCCCACCCCCUGAUCACCAGCUCUGCCCCUCCCAUGCCCCCAGCCUGGCCCUGGGGACACCAGCCGCCCUCCGGGGAUACCAGACCCCCCUGGCUCCUCCCAGUGCCCCCAUCCCUUCCCCCUGCCUCCCUCCCCCCCCGCCCAGUGCAGACAGGCAGUUUGCAUUCAGGUUGAAUCCAGCCUUGAUCCGGGACAGGUUGAGUCGUGAUGUCAUGAAAUGUCCUCAUGAGACAACACCACCCCCUGGCAGUGACGUAAUAACAUUGCCCUGGCGGGAGAUCGUGUUCAACGCCAAUAGCCCUGCACACAGGACCACCCCGGUGAAAUCAGGACAGUCACAUAAAAGCCUGGCCUCUUGGGAACCUCUCGCUCCGCUACAAAGGUGUGAAGAAGGGACCCGAGAAUUACAUGUUGCACCGAAGAGUUCAUCGUGGCGUACAGACAUGUAGGAAGACAGUCCCUGCCCCAAAGAAGUUACAGUUUGUUUAGAUUUUUAAAAUCUAGGGAGAAAUUCUGGCAAAAUUCUCAUUGACUUUAAAGGGGCCAGAUUUUCAUCCCUAGGGAAUUUAAAUAAAAACUAAAAACAUAUGAUUCAGAAGAUUUAGACUGCUCUGUCUAAUUUGGUGGAAGGCCUGUUCAGUGGAGCUGGUUGGCAUGAGAACACACCUCCAUCCCAUAAACUGUACUGGCUUCCCUGAUGCAAGUUAUUUUUAGUUUAACAUAAAGCCCUCUGGCCUAGAAUCUCAAAGGUAUGGAGACAUUUCACUUCCAUGGGAGUGCGGCGCCUAAAUACCUUUGAGGAUCUAGGCCUAUGUGAUUUGACAUUUGUCUGGUUUAGAGUGUGGCCAUCUCCUUUGUGAUGGCUGAAAUCAGCCUGAGUGUUUUUGCUGACUGUCUAAGAUGUAUGAUCUUGAUGCAGGCAGUUCUUGGUUGGAAGGUACCUGUUUGUGGAACUUUCUCAUUCUGGCAGGUGUCAGAUCAUGAAUUUGUUAGCCUUCAGCACGUUGUGCUAGGCUCAUCUUUUCAGCUAAGCCUUUGCUGACUGGAUCUAACCAGAGGCACUGGGACAGGUUCACACUGGUGCAACCCAAGUAGUGGGUUGCUGACAGCAGGAAGUCAGCCUGGAGAAGGGACAGUGGUACAAACCAUCCUUGCCUCUCUUUCCUUCCCUAUCAGAACCCUAGGGGAGAGCACCUAUGCUAUCACAACUGCCUGUAUUUGAGGUUUGAAUCUCUUCUUCAGUGCAGCCACUCUGACAGGCACAGGGGAGCUGCAAAUUGCACCCCAUUAUGCCCAAGGGGUGAAUCUGGCCCUAGCCACAAACUGCCUGAAGACCACAGGGAAUGGUAUAACAGAUUUCAAGAGUCCUUUUUAAAGGACGGUUCUGGAUGAAGAGUCUAAUUUACAAGACUGGACUAAAAAAGAUAUCCCUGUUUAAUCCGGUCAUAGGAAUAAAGUCUUUGUGCUGAAAAUGGACAUUUGCAGCGAUUGUGAGAAGAGAGGAUUGUACAAAUGGAGUCAUCUCUUUUUAUAGGGUUUGGAAUCAAAAUGUCCGGAAAGAGAAAAAAGAAAAUUAAUAUUUCCAUCAAUCCUGAGAUGCGUCAGCCUGAAAUGAAUGAUACUGAAGUGAGACAAGACAACCCAGAGAGACUGAGCUGUCAUAUGUUGUGCGAAUCCCUAUUAUCGUACGGGAGUGGAUUCAACAAUUUUCAAGGCAUUUUUAACUGGUCUGUAGUCCUGUUGGUCCUCACACAUGUUCACAUGAGCCUGGAGAAUUUCAUCAGGUAUGGACUGCUAUUCGACCCUGUAAAGAUAAUCUCAGUUUUCCUGAAAGACCCCUAUAAGUGGCCAGCAGUAUAUCUCAUUACUGCCGCUGUUUUGUUUGCACUUCCUGCAGUUUUUAUAGAAAGGUAUUUAAGAAAGGUUCGUGGCUCUGAAAGCAUUGGUUUGGUGUUGCAGUCAGUAAACCUGUUUUUUCUGAUAACAUUCCCAGCUGUGAUGGUUUAUAGAAUGCAAGCCAUAACUCCAGCUGGAGGGUUGCUGACCAUGUUUGUGUAUAUCAUCAUUGCCCUGAAACUGUUCUCCUACUAUCAGGUGAAUCGCUGGUAUAGGGAGGGAACCCCUAGACCAGUCAGAGGAACUUCCAGAGUGCAAGCAACAGAUCCUUCAGCCCAUCAGUCCAGAAGGAACGAAAGAGGACAGUCAAAGCAGAUCAUGUACCCAAUGAACCUGAAAGUAAAAGAUCUGUAUUACUUCCUGCUAGCCCCCACGCUUUGCUACCAGCUGAAUUUCCCAAGACAAAAGAAUUGCCGGCAAGGCUAUAUCAUUAGGAGAUUCAUUGAAAUGGUUUUUCUCUUUCAUCUCAUGCUGGGGCUAAUACAGCAGUGGAUUGUACCAAAUAUUCAUAAAUCAAUGAAGCCCAUAAAUGAAAUAGAGUCCACCCUCCUCACAGAAUACAUCUUAAAACUAGCGGUGCCAAAUCAUUUCAUCUGGCUGAUCUUUUUUUAUUGGUACUUUCACUCCUGCCUCAACUGCCUUGCAGAACUGCUUCGAUUUGGAGACCGGCAAUUUUAUCUAGACUGGUGGAAUGCAGACUCCGUCUUACAGUUCUGGUCCAGAUGGAAUAUCCCCGCCCACAAGUGGCUAGACAGACAUGUAUACAGGCCCUUGCUGCAUCACGGCUAUGACAAGUGGCAGGCCCGAAUGACAGUAUUCCUACUCUCUGCAUGUUUCUAUGAGUAUCUAAUUGCCAUCCCACUGAAGAUGUUCCGGUUUUGGAUGUUUUUUGCUAUGGCAGCCCAGGUCCCACUGGCUUGUCUAAUGAAAAGGCUUUUUGGUGGUAAUUUUGGCAACAUCUUCAUGUGGAUCAGUCUGGUCUUGGGUCCUCCCCUCAUGAUGCUCUUGUAUUUUCAUGACUAUUACAUCCAGCACCAUCGGAAGGAUUCAAGCUGGAGACUGUUUUUUUUCUAAUCGACCCCAGUCCUAGUUCCCUUGUGCUCUCUGUCUGUCUGUCUUUAUGUAUGACAGAGGCACCUAAACUUGGCUCAAAUUAGAACCACAGACUGAAGCCACCCUUUUCUUUAAUAUGGGAGGGGUGGCCCAGGCCUGCAAUGCUCCUUCUGGCCACUAGGCUGGAGAUAUAGAAUUGCAUGCUGGUCUCCCCCGCAUAUUGAAGAUGAGUGAGUGCAGAGCUCUGUGGGCCACAUGUAUUUGUUUACUUUGGCCACCUCUGAUCCCUUUGUCUCUUCAAUAGCAAGUUGAUCUUUGGCUCCUGCAGGAUUGACUUUAAAGAAUACCUGCAAAAGUCCGGUAACAGCUCUGGAGAUAAAUAUACAUUAUAGUGGAUGCUCUUUAUUCAUAUUAAAAUCCUGCUGUUUAUGAUAA